UUUAAGGGCAGAGCGAAGGAAAAUUACAGUGGCGGUCGGAACUGGAUCUCUACGUCUUCGCUCUUCUUUUCCGAAAUUGAUUAGGGUGAUAGAGGGGAAAUACAUGGGACAUGAAGGGUGAAGGAUGGCAGGAGAGGUAUCGAAGAAAUAUACAAGUAUUUUUGCAUUUAUGAGAAGGAGCUCUGGAAAUGGAAAGUCCCAGCAACGAUCAGAAAGUAGAGCCUUCGUCCGCAGUGGUUUAUGAGUUACCAGGGGAGCCUGCUAUUGUCAUUGAUGGAGUGCCCGAAAUUCCAUCAACUGAAAGCACUCGUUCUGUCUCUGAUGCUGCUCAUGAUGCAGAAUUCCGUGGAAAUACUGACUUUGGUGAGUGGUUGGAAGGAAGAGAAGUGAGGAAGUUGUUUGGAGAGCAAAACUAUUUUGGCACAGUGACUGAGUAUGAUAAAGAAGCAGGCUGGUACAGGGUGGUGUAUGAAGAUGGUGACUUUGAAGAUCUCGACUGGACUGAGUUAGAACAAGUGCUACUGCCCCUAGACAUUAUGGUUCCCCUGAAAACAGUAGCCCUAAAAACUCUCAGGAAAAGCAAGAAAUUCCUCCGUAAACCUCGGAACGUUAUCGCUGGAUCUCAAACACAAAAGGCCAAAACCAAGGGAAGUAGGGGAAGGAAGGCCACCUCAGCAAUUGAAGGUGCUUCAAAGAUUGACUUCAAAGUAGGUGAAGAUGCUUCAAUGGUGGACUCCAAAGUACUUGAAGAUGCUUCGAUGGUGGACUCCAAAGUAGCUGAAGCUGCUUUAAUGACAGACUCCAAAGCACCUGAAUAUGCUUUAAUGACGGACUCCAAGGCAAUUGAAGACGCUUCCAUGAUGAAGUCCGAUGGUUUGUAAAGGUUUCACAAAAGGAAGUUCAAAGGUCGAUGAGGUUAGAUUCUGAUGGACAUGAAACAGCUUGAUAUAGAGGAUGUAGGUUUUGAAAAUCGGUAUUUCUAGAAGUUUGAAACAAACAUUUUUAGACUUGAAAAGAGGAUACUACUGACUUGUAAGGUGAACUGUGAGACGUACGUGAAAUAUUAGUCAGUGAUAGUGUUGUACUGCUUAGGCUAAUUGUAUGUGUUGUAUGCCAACAAGACUACAUACUUAAUGGAUUUUGUGUUGGGAUGUUCCGGAUUUAAAAA